CAGAGAAAAUGAAACUCCUAACCAAAAUGAAAAACGUCGCGUUAACGAUCGAGAAAAUAAACGUAAGAAAAGGGAAGAAGAAACUGCAGAAAAGCGUGAGAUGCGUCUCAGAAGAGACCGUGAACGAAAACGACAAAAAAGAACAAAGCAUGCUUUAGAAAGUGUUGUUGAACAUCUCAAUCACCAAGAUGAAGUCCCAAACCAAAAUAUUAACAUAUCUCACGUAGAACCACUUCCCGUUCUUGCCGAAUCUGACCAAAAUCUAUUACAAAAUUUUCACCCAGAAAUUAAUAAACUUACUAAUACACUUUGUUCUAAUGCUGCUGUCGUUGCUAUUAUGAUAAGAAUGUGA